AUGCCUAACGCUAGCACUAGUGAGGCUAAGGAUCAACCAUCAGAAUACGAAAGCAUUGACUUCUUAUUAAAGUGUAGUGACACAUGGCAAAGUCGGAGGAGUGAGAAUAAGAAGUCUCUUAAGGAAAGCCAAGGAAUAGUACUGUACAGAAAAACUCUAAACCUAGCAGAAGUCAUAAAGAUAAGUGAACAAAAGAAAGAUCCAGAUAUAAAUGACUUACGCAGUAAAGUAACACAAGGAGAUGAAACAGAAUACAUGUUAGAUUCUGAUGUUUUAUGUAGAAAAGUUAAGGACAGUAGGACUUUACAAAUAGUCAUACCAGUUAAACUAAGAAUAAAAGUCAUGAAAACAUAUCAUGACACACCUUUUGCAGCACACUUAGCUUUUGCUAAAACAUAUAGUAGAAUAAGCAGGAGAUUCUUUUGGUUAAAUAUGCGAAAAGACAUUAAAGAGUACUGCGAGUCCUGUCUAGAAUGCCAGGGACAAAAAAGUAGCCCCCAUUUAAGAAACACUCCCUUACAAAGAAUGCCGACUUUAACUACACCUUUUCAGCUAGUUGCUAUGGGCAUAUUAGGCCCCUUGCCUACAUCCUAUGCAGGAAACAAAUAA